GUUUUAAAACCGGAGUCGUGCUGGCUGUGCUGAAGGGGAUUUUAUGAAUUCAUUAUCUCUCUCUCUGAUUCACACACACCAUGACGGCGAUGACUGGAAGAACGGAGACUUCUGACGUCAGACCAGGAGAAUGACACGCGCGUCCAAUGAGAGGCCAAAGAUGUGCAGCGCGAGGACGGAGCUGCCGACAGAAGGCUAUGAUUCUCUCCCUGGCCACAGCACCAGCCAUGAGUAGCCUCAACUCAUCCUCUCCACUUGACCCCUUUGACUCUUCCACUUCUUGGAGCCUGCCUGAGGAGCCCUCCAACUCCUCCUCUGAACCCAUCGUGCGAACUCUGACCCCAGAUCUCCAGCCAGCAUCCACCGCCAUUGCUGUCCAGCAGGUCAGCCCCUGGGACAUUGCGCUUUGCGUUACCGGGACCCUCAUCUCCUGCGAGAACGCUUUGGUAAUUGCCGUUCUCUUCUACACACCGGCACUUCGCGCUCCAAUGUUCAUUUUGAUUGGCUCCCUGGCAGUGGCAGAUCUCCUCGCUGGCUUGGGCCUCAUCUUGAACUUUGUCUUCACUUAUUUGGUUGACAGCUCAGUGGAGUUUGUGACGCUCUUGUCAGUCGGACUGCUCAUCUCAGCAUUUUCAGCAUCUGUCCUCAACAUUCUUGCAAUCACAGUGGACCGCUAUCUCUCGCUGUACAAUGCUCUGACGUACCACACAGAACGGACCGUCACGUUCACCUACAUGAUGGUGGUCUUCAUCUGGGUAUUGUGCCUGACGCUCGGUUUGCUGCCGGCGCUCGGCUGGAACUGCCUAAAAGAUGAGUCCUCCUGCAGCAUCUGCCGGCCUGUCACCAAAAACAAUGCUGUAGCCCUUGCUGUCACCUUCCUGCUGGUCUUUGCCAUGAUGAUGCAGCUCUACCUGCAAAUCUGCAAGAUCGCCUUCCGCCACGCACAGCAGAUUGCCGUGCAGCAUCAAUUUGUGGCCAUCUCCACCACAAAAGGAGUCUCCACACUCUCGGCCAUCCUGUGUGCCUUUGGAGCAUGCUGGUUGCCGUUUGCCAUGUACUCCAUUGUGGCAGACUCCAGCUACCCUGUAAUAUACACCUACGCUACAGUCCUCCCUGCCACAUGCUGCUGUGUGAUCAACCCCAUCAUCUAUGCUUUCCGAAACCCAGACAUUCAGAAGUCACUGUGGGUGGCCUGUUGUGGCUGCAUCCCAUCCAAUCUCUCCCUCAGACCAAGAACCUCCAGUGAUGUCUAGCAGGGAAGGUUGGUUUCUUUUUUACAAUUUUGCACAGAAUGCAAGUAUCAAGCAGUCCAAGUGGAAAUACAAUGAAUAUUUUGGAUAAGAUGAGCAGAUGUCCUCUACUCCUUAUAUCAGAGUUGGCAGAACAAUUCAGUUGGCCAUAGUACAGGUGGCACUUGCAGAGAAUGGUCCAAAAGAAAAACUAUGGGGUGAAACCAACUGCAAAAACAGAAAGUAAAGCAUCCUCAUGGACUUAGUCCUGGUCAGAUGCGGUCUUCAACCAACAGAGUGGCCUACUUCUCAAAAGUAGCACAGACGUGAAAAAGUGAGUUGUUCGUAGGACCCAAGUUUGGGAAGCACUGCACAGUUAUGCAAUCAGAAGAGUGAAACAGUAUCAAAUAUACUGUUGUGUUGUCACUGAUAAGUCUGAAAUAAAGCGUGUGGAUAAAUUACAAUGAGCUACUUAAUAAACUGCCUUGGGCACUCCCACUGAGCUAUCUUUGC